AUGGAGACACAGGACGGAGCAGAGCUCUGCUUUCCACAACUCUUCAACACAUCCUGCAGGAAGCUGACAUCUCCUUUGUUUGAAGUGUUGCUCAUUCACAUUUUGCUUUCCUCCAUCUGUCUGAUCACUGUAGCUCUCAACCUGCUCGUCAUUAUCUCAGUCUCCCACUUCAGGCAGCUCCACACACCCACCAACAUCCUCCUCCUCUCUCUGGCUGUCGCAGACUUUCUCGUGGGCCUUGUGGUGAUGCCCGCAGAAAGCAUCCGAAAUACAACCUGCUGGUUUCUCGGUGACAUUGUGUGUUCUCUUUAUAAUUAUCUUUCUGCCAUUGUUACCGUUGCCUCAGUAGGUAACAUGAUGCUCAUAUCAUUUGAGCGUUAUGUGGCUAUUUGUGACCCUCUGCAUUACACCACCAGAAUCACUGUGAAUAGAGUUAAAUUCUGUGUUUAUUUGUGUUGGCUCUAUAGUGUUAGCUACAGCAUAUUCUUUGCGAAGGAUGACCUGACACAACCAGGGAUGUAUAAUUCCUGCUACGGAGAAUGUGUGUUUAUCAUUGACGAUAUCGUAAUAGCUGUAGACCUUGUUUUGAGCUUUAUUGUUCCUUUUACUGUCAUCGUAGCUCUGUAUCUGAGAGUAUUUGCCGUGGCUGUGUCUCAGGCUCGUGCCAUGCGCUCUCACAUUACAGCUGUCACACUCCAGCAUUCAGUGACUCCAAAGGCAAAGAAAUCAGAGCUGAAAGCAGCCAGGAAUCUUGGUGUUCUUGUAGUUGUGUUCCUAAUAUGUUUAAGCCCAUAUUACUGUCUCUUGAUUGUAGGUGAUGACUGGGUCACUGUCUCUUCAUCCUUUGUAAUAUAUCUGUUAUAUUUAAACUCUUGUCUAAACCCUGUGAUCUAUGCCUUCUUGUACCCCUGGUUUAGAAAAGCAGUUAAAAACAUUGUUACUCUUCAGAUACUGCAGCCUGGCUCCUGUGAGGCCAACAUACUGUAG